CCGCGCGCAGGCGCUGCCCUCUGAACUGGAACGGAAAACAACUUCCGGUUGGAGUCCCUCCGCAGGGCGCCGGCGACCCGAGGCGUGAGAGACCGGCGCGGAAGCCCUGACCUACCUGUCAUUUACUCCAUCAUUUAUAGUGAUGCUACAGGACAGAGAGGAAUGGAUAAAAACAUUGGCGAGCAACUCAAUAAAGCUUAUGAAGCCUUUCGACAGGCAUGCAUGGAUAGAGAUUCAGCAGUAAAAGAACUACAGCAAAAGCAGACUGAGAACUAUGAGCAGAGAAUACGUGAGCAACAGGAACAGCUGUCACUUCAACAAACUAUUAUUGACAAGCUAAAAUCACAGUUACUUCUUGUGAAUUCCAGUCAAGAUAACAGUUAUGGCUGUGUUCCCCUGCUUGAAGACAGUGAAGCAAGGAAGAAUAAUUUGACUCUUGAUCAGCCACAUGAUAACGUAAAGUCACGAAUACCAAAAGAAAAAGAAUCAAAGGCAGGAAGACAAGAGGUUUCUUCUCCAAGAAAAGAAACUUCACCAAGGAGUCUUGGCAUUCCUUUAUUCCAUGAAAGAGGUUAUAUAGAGAAGACUUUCCGGGAUCUGAAAGAAGAAUUUCAUAGAAUAUGCAUGCUAGCCAAAGCACAAAAAGACCACUUAAGCAAACUUAAUGUACCAGCCACUGUAACUGAGACACAGUGCUCUGUGCCUAUACAGUGUACGGAUAAAACAGAUAAACAAGAAGUGCUAUUUAAGCCUCAGGCAAAAGAUGAUAUAAAUAGAGGUGCACCAUGCAUCACAUCUGUCGCACCAAGAGGACUGGGCCAAGAUGAGGAAGACACCUCUUUUGAAUCACUUUCUAAAUUCAAUGUCAAGUUUCCACCUACGGACAGUGACUCUACUUUCUUACAUAGCACUCCAGAAAGACCCAGUGUCCUUGUUCCUGCCUCAUGUGAGGCUAUGUGCCAGGAUAAAUGUAAUAUGAAGCCCAGAGACAACCCGGGAAACUUUGUCAAAACAGAAGAAACUUUAUUUGAAAUUCAGGGAAUUGACCCCAUAGCUUCAGCUAUACAAAACCUUAAAACAACUGACAAAACAAAACCCUCAAAUCUUGUAAAUACUUGUAUCAGGACAACUCUGGAUAGAGCUCCGUGUUUGCCACCUGGAGACCAUAAUGCAUUAUAUGUAAAUACAUUCCCACUUCAGGACCCAUCUGAUGCACCUUUUCCUUCACUCGAUUCCCCAGGAAAAGCUAUCCGAGGACCGCAGCAGCCCGUUUGGAAGCCCUUUCCUAAUCAAGACAGUGACUUAUCGGUACUAAGUGGCACAGGCUCAGAACUGCAUAUACCUCGAGUGAGGAAGAGUUCCUCUCACACAGUUGACAUCUACUAGCCUGCUGACAACCAAAGGAAAUCGUGGCCCAGAAAGUGACUCGAAGUGGAUCACUGACUCUUCUCCAGUCCACCCUUUUGACACCUCCACCACUUUUAGUAAGCGGGGAACUCUUGUUUUCUAUUGGGUUCCAGUGCUACCCCAACUCCGGCUUCCGAGGGACAGAGGCCCUCUCGGGCCAAGGGACAGGCAGCCUGGAGAACAGGCUCCGGGCCCGCACUGCAGAGGUGGUGCUGGCUGCAGCUCGAAAAGUGGAGUUGGGCACCCGCCGGGUCUCCCCUCUGUCUCUUAGUUCCGAGUCGUGUAGGGGCUGCAUCUUGGCAUCUGCUACGCGUGGCCGGGUAAGAACAGUUCCCAGGUAAAAAAGCUUCACACGCGAAACGCUGAGUCUGAAAAAACCACCCCCGCCGAGGCGAGGCAGUUGUGAGCGGGAUGCCUGAGAAGUGGGAGGUGAAUGUCCUCGGGAGGGCCCCCCCGGUGCAGCUUUCCCCGGAGGCUGAGGCUGCUGCCAGCGGGGACAUCUGCUUUCUUACUCUCCAGGCUGGCUCACCCCGCCCCCUCAGCCCCGGGUUGCGUGGUUAUUUUACCAACACGGGGGGAGGGAGAGCUCGAGGAGGUAGAGAAGGGGUGGAUGGAAGCUCGGGAGAUGUUCUUCCCACUCCCCCACGUCCCCUCCUUUCUUCUUCACAUCUUUUAACCUUCAAAGUAAAGACUUUAUAAAUAUGAAACGAUAAGCGUGUCCGCUGGCUCCCAGGCCCGCCUUCUGCUCGCGGGGCUCUCGGGUGCGGGGCCUUGCCCUCCUCUCCAGCCUCCCCGGAGGCGGCCCGGGUUUCGGCGGUUCCGCCGGGCGCAGGGGCAGGCCGGGUGCGCUCAGCCGGUGGCGCCUUCUCUCCCGGGCUGCUGCCUCGACAGCUGCUUGUAGCUACAGUAAUUAGACUGUCAGUGCUUGUUAGAGGAGAGAGGGGGAAACACGCUUAUGACAGCAGAUUCCGAGACUCCCCAGUUUGUUAAUUUCUAAGAGAUCUUUAAAGCAUUAAUUGAGGUCUCCCUAACUCUCCACCCCCCCGUCCCUCUCCUCUCCCCAACUCCUCCCUUCCCAAAAAUAUCUUUAGGGGAAGAGAAUUCUCUCCGCGUGGAAGCAGUGUUUCCCGCAAAACUGCAAGCCCGCCCCCGACUCACGCACACGCACACUAUUUUAUAUAUACAUCUAUAUGCACACAUGUAUACGCAGAAGGUUAACUCGGCAGAGGCCUCGUCCAAAUAGGAACCAGGAUUGCAUUUAAAAUAAUAAAUAAAUAAAUAAAUAAAUAAAUAAAUAAAUAAACUAGGACGGAAAGGGGGGGAGGGAAGCAGAAGUCGGGAAGAAAAGAGAAAAGCAGCAGGCUGAUUACGAGGUGUCAAAACUGCCAGGAGCAAGAAGGUGAUAGCAAUCAGGGGUGAGAAGAGUGCGGCAUUCGUGCGGGGCAACUAAUUAUCCGUCUCAUUUGAGAAGAGCAGCAUUUGAGGCAGCAGCGUUCGCCUGCUGAACGGUGACAGAUUGGCGCGGAGGAGAGGGGAGGUGUUAAAACAAUGGAGCCGGGCGCGCGAGCGCUGCUGCAUGCUAAUCAGCCCUCCCUCCUCCUGCCUGCCGCGCUCCCUCCUUUCUCCCGGCCUCCCUCCUCCGCGCUCCCCCUCCCGCCUGCGGCGCUCCCUCCUUUCCAGCGGGCCCGCCGCCGCCGCCACCCGCUUCCUGCUCCCUCUCU